UCAUUGCGUCAUCACACGUUCAGUGUUUUUGCUUCGUCUCUUUCAAACCGCGGACGGACUCUUUCUUAAUCACCUUCGGUUUUUUCUCACUUUUGCUUAUUUUUGUGCGUCACUUGAUGUCCGUGUGUUUGUUCUUCUGGUUGUGGAGCGGCACGAGCCCAGCGGCACACCGCGCGCGCUGUUUUUAGUCAGUUUAUUGAGGCGUUUUAUUGCGCAUGUUCACGAACCGCCCGAAUGACCGCGGAUCAAUAAAACAGAGAUAUCUGAUCUAACGUCUGAGUAAAACUAUCUCGUCUGAUCGAGCAUCAACACCACAACAACAGGAGACGAGGAAACAGCUUUUCCCCGCGCGAGCCUGGGCCUGGAGUCCCGCAGCCUGAAUGCGAUCUGUCUCAUCGAUACCUGAUCAAUAACUGAUGUUGAGGCGCGCGAGCAUCCACCUGAACCCUGAGACGAUGCGCGUGCACUGAUCAGAACAGUUACAACGGAAAAACGCGCACCUGUCCAUAUCAGACAUCCUGAUCGGACACAUCGAUACCAGAUCGAUAUCUGACCAGUACCAGACGCGGAGGAGCGGCUGAAGAAUCUGACAUCAUCUUCAUCAUCACAGCUGUCAAUCAUCUUCAUCACCUGUCAUUCAUCUUCACGCGCUGUGUCGGUGUUCUGCUGGAGGUUUGAUGGUCUCAGGUUGGAGUUUCCAGCUGCUCUGUGGCGGUGAUGAUGCGAUGGUCGCUGUAGGCAGGUGUGCUCUCCCUCAGCAUCAUCAUCAUCACCAUCAUCAUCAUCAUCAUCAUCAUCAUCAGCAGCAGCUCUGUCCGAUCAGGUGGAUGUGAGACACACAGUCAUGCAGGCUGCGCCCUUACAGUACGACUUCUACAGUGAGGAGAACGCGCCCAAGUGGAGAGGACUUCUGGUGCCCUCCCUCAACAAGGUGUUGAAUCAGGUUCACCCGAAGCUGUCGUCCCAGCAGGAGGCGCUGCAGUACAUCGAAGGCUUGAUUCUGGUGCUGCUCAACACACUGUGUCAGGCCCAGCCGCGCACCGUACAGGAUGUGGAGGAGCGUGUGCAGAAGAGUUUUCCUCACCCCAUCGAGAAAUGGGCCAUCGCGGACGCCCAGGCUGCCAUAGAGAAGAGGAAGAGGAGGAAUCCUCUAGCGCUGCCCGUGGACAAGAUCCACCCGCUUCUGAAGGAGGUGUUGGGGUAUAAAAUUGAUCAUCAGGUGUCGGUGUAUAUAGUGGCCGUGCUGGAGUACAUCUCUGCAGAUAUACUGAAGCUGGCUGGAAAUUAUGUACGAAACAUUCGGCAUUAUGAGAUCUCACAGCAGGACAUCACUGUGGCCAUGUGUGCUGAUAAGGUGUUGAUGGACAUGUUCCAUCAGGUGGAGGAGGACUUCAGUGUUUUUCCUCUGAUGGACGAAGAACCGUCGGCGUCUGAGGAGCAGAUGUACUAUGAUCUGGUGAAAGCGUUCAUGGCUGAGGUACGGCAGUAUCUGAGAGAUCUCAACCUCAUCAUCAAAGUGUUCCGCGAGCCCUUCGUCUCUAACACCAUGCUGUUUUCACCUCACGAUGUGGAGAACAUCUUCAGUCGGAUUGUAGACAUUCACGAGGUGACAGUGAAGCUGCUGGGAUUGAUCGAGGACACAGUGGAGAUGACAGAUGAAGGAAGCCCUCAUCCACUGGUGGGGAGCUGCUUUGAAGACCUCGCUGAGGAGCUGGCCUUUGACCCCUACGAGACAUAUGCUCAGGACAUCCUGCGCUGCGGCUUUCACGACCACUUCCUCAGUCAACUCUCUAAACCUGGAGCGGCUCUUUACCUGCAGUCCAUCUGUGAAGGCUUUAAAGAAGCGGUGCAGUAUGUGUUACCACGGUUACUCCUGACCCCCGUCUACCACUAUCUGCAUUACUUUGAGACUUUAAAGCAGCUGGAGGAGAAGAGUGAGGAUGAGGAGGAUAAAGAGUGUUUGAAACAGGCCAUCACAGCUCUACUGAACCUGCAGAGCAGCAUGGAGCGAAUCUGCUCCAAGAGUCUGGCCAAGAGACGACUCAGCGAGUCUGCGUGUCGUUUCUACAGUCAGCAGAUGAAGGGCAAACAUUUGGCCAUCAAGAGGAUGAAUGAGAUUCAGAGGAACAUCGACGGAUGGGAGGGGAAAGACAUCGGUCAGUGCUGUAAUGAGUUCAUCAUGGAGGGUACGCUGACCCGUGUGGGGGCCAAACACGAGCGCCACAUCUUCCUGUUCGACGGUCUCAUGAUCUGCUGUAAGUCAAACCACGGCCAGCCGCGUCUGCCAGGAGUCAGCGCUGCGGAGUACCGGCUGAAGGAGAAGUUCUUCAUGAGGAAGGUGCAGAUAAACGAUAAAGACGAUAAAGAGGGCGAGUAUCGGCAUGCCUUCGAGAUCAUUCUGAAGGACGGGAACAGCGUGGUGUUUUCCGCAAAAUCUGCAGAGGAGAAGAACGGCUGGAUGGCGGCGCUCAUCUCGCUGCAGUAUCGCUCGACCCUUGAGCGCAUGCUUGACACAGCCAUGCUACAGGAGGAGAAGGAGGAACAGAUGAGACUUCCAGGAGCUGAAGUCUAUCGCUUUGCUGAACCCGACUCUGAGGAGAACGUUGUGUUUGAGGAGAACGUCCAGUCCAAAUCUGGCAUUCCUAUCAUCAAAGCCGGAACGGUGCUGAAGCUCAUAGAGCGGCUGACCUUUCACAUGUAUGCUGAUCCAAACUUUGUCCGAACGUUUCUCACCACGUACAGAUCGUUCUGUAGACCUCAGGAGCUUCUGGAUCUGCUGAUGGAGAGGUUUGAUAUUCCAGAGCCCAAACCCACAGAAGCAGAUCAGAUGGCGGUGGAGAACGGAGAACAGCCACUCAGCGCUGAACUCAAACGCUUCCGUAAGGAGUUUGUUCAGCCAGUACAGCUCAGGGUGUUGAAUGUGUGCAGGCACUGGGUGGAGCAUCAUUUCUAUGACUUCGAGAGAGACGCUCAGUUACUACGACGACUGGAGGAGUUCAUUGGAAUGGUCAGAGGUAAAGCCAUGAGAAAGUGGGUGGAGUCUAUCACAAAGAUCAUCCAGAGGAAGAAACAGGCUCAAGUGAAUGGCCCGAGUCACAACAUCACGUUCGAGAGCUCGCCGCCGCCCAUCGAGUGGCAUUUGUGUAAAGCCGGACAGACGGAUCAGUUCGAUCUCAUGACCCUUCACCCCAUCGAGAUCGCCCGACAGCUGACGCUCCUGGAGUCUGACUUCUACAGGGCGGUUCAGCCGUCAGAGCUGGUGGGCAGUGUUUGGACCAGAGAAGACAAAGAGUUGAACUCACCCAACCUGCUGCGCAUGAUCCGGCACACCACUAACCUCACGCUGUGGUUUGAGAAGUCUAUCAUAGAGACAGAGAACGUAGAGGAGCGUGUGGCCGUGGUGUCACGGAUCAUUGAGAUCCUGCAGGUGUUUCAGGAGCUGAAUAACUUCAAUGGUGUUCUGGAGGUGGUCAGUGCCAUGAACUCCUCACCCGUCUACAGACUGGAUCACACGUUUGAGCAAAUCCCGAGCAGACAACGGAAGAUUCUAGAAGAAGCUCACGAGCUCAGUGAAGAUCACUACAAGAAGUAUUUGGCUAAACUCCGGUCCAUCAACCCCCCCUGUGUGCCCUUCUUUGGCAUUUACUUAACAAACAUCCUGAAAACGGAGGAAGGAAAUCCAGACUUCCUGAAGAGACACGGCCGAGAGCUCAUCAACUUCAGCAAACGGAGGAAAGUGGCAGAGAUCACGGGAGAGAUCCAGCAGUAUCAGAACCAGCCGUACUGCUUGCGUGUGGAGAGCGACACACGGAAAUUCUUUGAGAACUUGAACCCCAUGGACGACAUGAUGGAGAAAGAGUUUACAGAUUAUCUCUUCAACAAAUCUCUGGAGAUCGAGCCUCGUAACGCCCGCACGCUGCCUCGAUUCGUGAAGAAGUACCACUAUAAUCUGAAGUCUCCGGGGGUCCGGCCAUCCACCGUCCGGCCUGGCACCAUGCGCCACCCCACGCCGCUGCAGAACGAGCCGCGGAAGAUCAGCUACAGCCGCAUCCCGGACAGCGAGACAGAGAGCAGCACGACAUCCGCUCCCAACUCGCCCCGCACCCCGCUGACCCCGCCGCCCGCCUCCAGCUCCACAGAGAUCUGCAGCGUGUUUGACUCGCCGCAGGGGCCGUCCAGCCCCUUCCAUUCCAACAGCGACAGUAUUUUUGCACCGGUCGCACUCCCUCAUGGUCCACGGUCAUCUUCAGUGUCGUCUAUGGUGGGUUUCCUCAGGAGUGACGAUGCCCCGGUACCUCCCCCCGUCCCACCCCGCCGCCGCCCCGAAUCUGCCCCCGCUGAGUCAUCGCCCUCAAAGAUGAUGUCGAAGCAUUUAGACAGCCCACCCGCCAUUCCCCCGCGUCAGCCCACCACAAAGGUUUUCUCUCCGCGUUACUCUCUUACGGAGCCCCCCGACAGUCCACCCACCCUGCCCCCCCGAGAGCCCGUGAGAACGCCGGACGUCUUCUCCUGCUCCCCGCUUCACUUGCAGCCACCCCCACAGGGCCGUCGCUCCGAACUGAGCCAGACCUUCUUCCCGCCCUCUCCAUUCAGCCCACACCCUCCGCAGACGCCGUCACCGCUGGGGCCGCGGAAACAACUGCCCUCCCCGCCACUGCCAGACUGCGAGCCGCCUUCAGGGGCCGCCGGACCGCCCGUCCCGCCACGCCAGAGCACGACCCAGUCGCCCAUCCCCAAACUCCCCCCUAAGACCUACAAGAGGGAGUCGACUCACCCGUCCGCGCACCGCGACGGCCCGGCGCUCCUGGAGAACGCCAACCCGUCGUAAAUGAGAUGGAGAACAAGUGAUGAAUCCUACCUGAGAAAGAUCAUAGGACAAACGCAAAGCAGCGACGUGCCCCUAACAGACCACCGAUUGUGUUUUCGCAAAGUGCAAAUCACAACGACUUGUUUUGUGUCGCUGUUGUGUAUGUUUUGUCGUUGUUUGGUGUUCAUUUCAUUUCAUUGGUUUGGUUUAUUUUUGUGGGUGAGUUCGGCUUUAUUUCUUUCCUGCACAAAGCCAGACAGACUGAGAAACACACGCAUCAGAAUCAGCGUCUGAGACUUCACGGCCUGUCAGACCGUUUCUGGCAGUAAUCAAGUUCAUUCUGAUGUGUUUCACCGCUGGAUCCAUUUGGAAAAGGGACUGUGGAAAGCGCUGAUGUUCUCCACUCCAUGAGAAGUGUUUGUCAGCCAGUACGCUGAAGGUGAAGGUACCCUCACACCAAAGAGGUACUCGAGAAAUACUAAACAAGUGAUUGUCCUGUAUGUGUUUGAGCUUUUAUUUCCUCAAUCAUUGCUGUUUUGCCAAUAAGUAUGUCAAGAAAACAACGAUUGCCUUCUCAAAACAAAGGAAUAAAAGUGUUUCUACCACUGAAUGCCAAACACGAGCGAUGAACGUGUGUUUCUGCAGCGUGAAGGAAUACAUCUGUUGAUGUGUUGAAAGGUUUUCUUUGUUCCUGAAGUAGUCGUAAUGUUAGCUGAUGUUCCUUUAGCAGAUGCUCUUUUAUCCAGAGCAGUGAAAUUCAAUGAUGGGUAGAUUUCUACAGAAACUGCAGCAGAGAGAAGAGACUUCUUCAUCUGUCGAUUAUAUGCUGACGUGAGCGUCUCUUCACACACACCUGCAGAUGCUUCUACCUCAGUGAUGUCAUCACAGUGGAGCUGUGUAAAGAGGUGCUGAUGAAGGGAGAUUAACGGGAGUCAAAGUACUUUUAUUAUCUUGCAAAAACCAAGCGACACCACUUAAUGACACACUCUUGUGUAGUAGUCUUUAUAAUGACCUGCAUCUGUAGGUGUUUUGCCAUAAAAUCGUCUGCUAAAUAAAUACAUGCAGGGCUCUAGACUAACUUUUUUUCUUAGGUGCACCAGCACAAAAGUUAGGUGCACCCAAAUUUUGGACGAUAUCGAAUUUAACGCAUUUAACUGGUUUUCCCAGUUCAUAUUUUUUUAAAUGUCCAUAUAGGCAAAAUUUACUUGUAAAUGAUUAACUUACAACCUGGCUAAACUUCUUUAUUGUCCGUCAUUUUGACUGACAGGCUGGUAAAAAAUUCCUUAUAAUCUAUUAUUACCCGUCACUAUGAUGCAAGGUGGCGUUAGGUGGUAAUAAGUAUGUUUGUGACGUCAUCACGCAGUACUUGCGUCUCCGAACUUGUUGUUUAUUAAUACAACUGAAUGCCCAAUAAAGCCGUUGUUGUUA